AUGCUGAAGCCGAGCGUCACUUCGGCUCCCACGGCAGACAUGGCGACAUUGACAGUGGUCCAGCCGCUCACUCUGGACAGAGAUGUUGCCAGAGCAAUUGAAUUACUGGAAAAACUGCAGGAAUCUGGAGAAGUACCAGUGCACAAGCUACAAUCCCUCAAAAAAGUGCUUCAGAGUGAGUUUUGUACUGCUAUUCGAGAGGUGUAUCAGUAUAUGCAUGAAACGAUAACUGUUAAUGGCUGUCCCGAAUUCCGUGCCAGGGCCACAGCAAAGGCAACAGUUGCAGCUUUUGCAGCUAGUGAAGGCCACUCCCACCCUCGGGUAGUCGAACUGCCAAAGACUGAUGAAGGCCUUGGUUUUAACGUGAUGGGAGGAAAGGAGCAAAAUUCCCCUAUUUAUAUCUCUCGCAUCAUUCCUGGAGGGGUGGCCGAAAGACACGGAGGCCUCAAGAGAGGAGACCAGCUGCUGUCAGUGAACGGAGUGAGUGUGGAAGGAGAACACCAUGAGAAAGCUGUGGAACUACUCAAGGCAGCUAAGGACAGCGUCAAGCUGGUGGUCCGGUAUACCCCGAAAGUCCUGGAAGAAAUGGAAGCUCGCUUUGAAAAGCUACGGACAGCCCGGCGUCGGCAGCAGCAGCAACUGCUAAUUCAGCAGCAGCAACAGCAGCAGCAGCAACAAACACAGCAAAACCACAUGUCAUAGGUCCUUGAAGAAGAGCUACUUGAUCAAACAUCUGAUAGUCACAAAUUUGAAACCGUGCUUCAGAAUCCCAGCACAUAGUAAAAGGAAAAGACAACACGGAUAAUUAUACCUAUCAAGAAGCUGUGAACACGUGGUGUAUAAAUUCUUUACCAAGGCAACUUGACACCUUCUUUCUCUGGGCCUGAACCCCCGCUGCUCACGUGCUCUUUACACACACAGACCUUCCCUUCACUGCAGUGGGAAUUCUCAGUGUGUAAGGGGAGAGGUUUUCCAGUCUACAGACUGAAACAGGAUAAGAAGAAUCAAGUCCAUGACUUUCAGAUAAAUCACCAGGGCCAGGAUAAGUGAAUCUUGGGUCUAUAGCUUUUCCAGAGAUUAACAAAUCCCUCAUUAGACUACAGUUCAAACUGCAUCAGUUCAAGGUUGUCACCACUUAAAAGAAGCCUACACAUUGCCCCUCACCCUGACCUGUUCCACAUCCAUAGUGCUGAGUCGUCUGAAUUAGAAUUCCAGUAAAUUGCAAAUUCAACCUCUAUUCCCCUCUUGAAAAUGGCAAGUUAUUACACUAGAUGUAUACUCUAUUCAGGUUCUAGAAGCAAUUGGCUUUUUAUUUUCAGUUCCAUAAAUUUCAUUAUGCAUUAAUAGAGUGGGGAAAUUUUAGCUCAACUUUUAGUUUGGUAGAAGCAAGGAUAGAGAACUCUCGUUCUAUAUUUUUUUUAUUUAAGUAUUGCUUGCAUCUAUUAUUAUUAAUUCUAACAGAAUAUAAUGUAUAUUUAUUCCACAAUAUAUAUAUUAUCAGAGUGUAUUUGUUACAAACUUAGGUCUUUUCUUACCAAGUGUUAUGAAUCUGGUAAGAGAAUACUAGCAAAGGACCUAGCUUCAUGAACUGAUCCUCAUAUGAUAUUUAUAUAUAACCCUGCUCUCAAUAUCUUUUUGUUAAGUUUUAUAUUUUUGAUGAUAAACUCUGGAGAAAUCUAAACUCUUUUUACCUACACUGAUGUGCUGUCAUAGAAGUCUAUUCGAUAUUUUAAAGCCUAGGGCUUUACAAAACUAAAUUAUAGUAUAUAUGCAUAUGUAUAUAAACAUAUAUGUCACACAAAGUCUAGAUCAGUUUUCCCAAAUAUAAAUGAUAUUUUUGGCAAAAGGAUCAAAAGUAUUAUUCCUCUUAAAAUUAAGCUUAUGUAAACCAGCGAUAUUGAUAUUGUGAAUGGAAAGAUGCUGCUGCUUCUAGAAGGAAAAGAUACCCCCUUCAUUACAUGUUUCCAUGUAGGUAAAUAAACAAUGAGAUAUCAUCUUUCAGAAAGUAUCAUUUACUGGAAAAUGAUGUGUUAGAGCCAGCUAUAUGGAUCAUAAUUUUUGACUUAUGAUAAAUCUAGGCACAUAAGUCUGAUUUUACUCUAUGGAAUGAGGAAGCAAUAAUUAUUUGGGCACUUACAUACCUUAAGCACACAAAUGUACCUGAAAAAAUAAUAAACGUCCAGUUGAAACAUUCUAGGUAGAUCAUUAAAACUGAGGCAAAUAUUUGAGUAUUCCCUUUUCUCAAAUGCAGAAAUUUGACUCCCCAAGAUACAAUAAAUUUCACAUUUCAGCCAGUCCCCCAAACUGGAAAUUUAAGAAGCUCCGUUUAGGAACUGUUUUCUUGAAAAUAAAACCAAUCAGAACUCUCCAGCACAUUUUGUUUUGCCCUGUCAGGUGGUAUACUUAUCAGUACCAACUUCUGCCUGCUCUUCCUUGUCCGUCACCCAGCAGAGGACAAACAGCAAGGAAAGUAGGAGGUACACCUAUUUCAACAAUGUUCUGCUGUGGCAAACAGGUUCCCAUCCUUGAAAACAUAUCAUUUUUUACUAGAGAACUGGGGGGGAGGGCUAGGGUGAGGACCCUGAAUGUUGUGUAAAAUAGGUUUACAAAAGACACUAGCAUGACUAAAGGGAAUGAAUGGAGACUAUGUGAGUAUUAUUCAGUUUGAAAGAGGUAGUUCUCAUUUUUAUAAGAAAAACUUAAUAAAACAUAUAUUUUAGUUAUCAUUUAACAAAGAAAUAUUAAAGCUAUUCAGGUGAUGCCACAGAUUCUCAUAAAGGGAAAUCAUUGCACCCUUGUAAUGAGAAAAUGGUCAUUUAAACACAUUUCAAUACAUUGUAUAAAUUUGGAGCUUAAGGUGAGUAUGUUUUCAUUUAGCUGUAAGUGGUUAAUAUUAAAUUAUCAUGUUUUCAUAUCAAUAUAAAUAUUGUCAUGGUGUUACAGAAGCACAUAUCAAACAAGCAGAUACCUUACAUUUGUGUUUUCUAGAAGUCUUUGUAUUUUAUGCCUCAUUUGCAUAAUAUUAAGUGCUGAUAAAUGUAUGCCAAGUCCUUUGUCAAAGUGAAGGGGCAAUCCAUCACACCUACGGCAUCUAGGGACCGAUUACAUGUCACGGUGGUCCUACAUACAAAUGACCAGUCAAACGGCCAGUUUGCUUCACUAAAAUCUAGUUGUUGAAAUGUAAGCCUUUCCCUAAAGUUUUAAUCAAAGGUAGCCAUCCCUAAGACUUAGAGAGGCCCCUUGUGGUUCCGUAAAGUUCACUGAAGCCAGCGGGGAAUGGA